ACAGUUGAAAUUGUAAGUUCUGUCUUACCUACGGAAGACACAGAGAGAAACCUCAUUCUCUGCCUUCAGAAUGAAGCUGAUAAAAUGGAAAACCUUACUGAACCUCUGAAUAAGAGGCCUUGUUUGUCCUCAGAGGAUGAUUCUACUCCUUGUGUACAAGCAGUUGCAUUCCCACUACCAAAAAUGGAACAGAGUUUUCAGUUGGCCACAACCUCAGCCACAGAGUUGGCAGAUGAAGAUAUUACUGGGGGAACUAUGCUGCAGUUUGUGAUUUUACAGGAUGACAAACAAGAAAAAGAAAUUCCCUUGGCAAAUAAGGACGAGUCAAUCAUUAGACAAGCAUGGUUAACAGCUAAAGAAGAUAAAGAUAAUCUAAUCAAACAAGGACAUAAAUGGAAGCAGGGAGUGUGGUCUAAGGAGGAAACAGAUAUUUUAAUGAACAACAUUGAAUGCUAUAUGAAGGAACAUGGAGUAGAGAAUGCCACCGAAAUCAUUUUUAAGAUGUCAAAAGGUAAAAGAAAAGAUUUCUACAAGACUAUAUCAUUGGGUCUGAAUCGACCUUUGUUUUCAGUAUAUAGAAGAGUGGCCCGAAUGUACGAUGACAGAAACCAUGUGGGAAAGUACAGCCCUGAAGAAAGUGCGAAGCUCAAGGAGCUUUGGCAGCAGCAUGGUAAUGACUGGACAAAAAUAGGUGCCGCCAUGGGAAGAAGUCCAUCUUCUGUCAAAGACCGCUGCCGACUAAUGAAGGAUAAUUGGAACACAGGGAAAUGGACCGAAGAAGAGGAACAGCUUCUCAGAGAUGUGGUUCAUGAACUGACAUGCACUGAGAUGGAUGAAAAAGUCACACAGGGUGUGUCUUGGGCAAUAGUGGCUCAACGAGUAGGUACUCGCUCAGCAAAGCAGUGUCGUGCUAAAUGGCUCAACUACCUGAACUGGAAACACACUGGAGGAACUGAGUGGACAAGGAAAGAUGAGGUCACUCUCAUAAACAAGCUUUCAGAACUUGAUGCAUCUGAUGAAAAUGAAAUUAACUGGGAUGACUUAGCUAAAGGAUGGGAAAGUGUUCGUUCACCACAAUGGCUGCAUAGUAAAUGGUGGACCAUUAAACGGCAAAUUACAAACCAUAAGGACUUCACAUUCCCAGUCCUAGUAAAAAGUCUUCAACAAAUAUAUGAGAGCCAAAAUGCCAGCCUCAUGUUUUGGAAAAGUAAAUCAGGAUCUGAAUUGUCAAAUAACAAACCUGAUAUGAGUGUUCAACAAGUCCCCUGCGGAGUCAGUGGUGUAGAAGAUGAUAACAGUACAUGCAUCUGACAGGAUUGCAAAUUAUACUCCAAAUUGUUCCUGGUUCUUCAACAGACUACCCUGUGGCUAUUCUUAACUCUGAAACAAUAUCCCUGCCCAAUGAACCACAAUAGAUGUUUGAGA